AUGGCAAGCAACGACAGUUAUAUUAAUUGGAUUCUUCAAGAUGAUCCCGAAGACAAUCCACAAUUACCCAACCAACAAUCCUCACAAACAUUUCAAAACUCUGCCAUAAUAAUUCCGUCUGAGAAUCCUCCUUCCCUUACCAUCCCAUCAGAUCUAUCCACCGAGGACUUGUUUACCUAUCUUGAUGACCAAACUGAUCCCAACUUUCCUACCCAUUUUACCGAGAAUCCACAGCUACAGCAGACGUACACCUCUAUCCCAGACACUAUAGGCUCAUACACUAUUCCUGUGUGUGACUCCGCCUCCUUGGACCAAUAUACACCUCUGCCAAUCAAGGCAUGCGAACACGAGGCAAAAGGAAGCUCUAGCCCAUCUGAUGAAGAUGAACCCACUCCUUCUCAAUGGAAAAUGAUGACUUCAAAGGAACGUCGACAGGUUCGCAAUAAGAUAUCUGCACGCAAUUUCAGAAACAGGCGCAAGGAAUACAUAACUACGCUUGAGAACAAGGUCGAGCAAUACAAGGCAGAAAAUAGUCAGCUUAAGCUUGAAGUGCGAUGGGUGCGCACAACCAUGAAACGAAUCCAAGAGGAGAAUGAUCGUCUGAGAGUCGAUUUGAUCCUCUUACAAGCUGGUAUUCAGCCUGGGAAUCAUAAUCCUGGCCAGUCAAACAGCAAUACAAAUAAUAUUAGUACUCCAUGGAACAACACCAAUAUCCCACUUCAACAGGCACCCCUACUGUCUUCACCUUCAUCCAAUGGAACCCUUAUCCAACAAGACGCUUUGACUUCUUCAGACGAUGCACUUAAUCAAUGGGACUUUUUCCUUCCUGCAACAAAUACAACUUACCUUUCCCAUGCCACAUUCCCAUCAAUUGAUCUCAACGCCAUCCUUUCUGAAAAGGACCGUGCCACUCUAUCGACCAUGCCACCCAGUCAACUCUUUACUCGCUAUCCACUACUAGCGCCCGCCUUGAUGUCAAUUGUUUUAGAACACACGAUGCGAAUGAACACCGAAGAAUUUCUGACCAGUUCUCGCCUAUUGUUACCUCCACCUCCACCUUCACCUAUAACCGAGAAUCCAGCGACCAAAUCGCCCUUAUUCUUUUCUUUUACUGACGAGCUGUUGUUUGCCCCGAAAUUCGGUUCAGGACUUCUUCCUCGUCCUACACAGCCAACUGAAAAGGAUAUUCAACGUAUAUGGCACGCAAUAUCCUCUAAGCCAACUACUUACAACACUAUCCGCCUUACAGCCGAGGCUGAUACGACCGCAACACCACCACAAACAAGACAAUCAAAAUGCCCACUUUCAUGGGUCCAAAAGCAGUUUUGUCGAUUUGUAAUUAACUAUGUUAUCGUGAGAUACCCACAAUUGGAUGCUCAGUGCCGCACAUAUCUUCCAGUAUGCGAUACAUAUAGAUUAAAGCCGAUUACUUUACCAUUGACCAGCUCUUAA